AUGGAUCCCAGCAUGGAAUCCCCGUCCAUACAACCCGAGUCGCCUAUGGAGCAGGAUGAGAUGCCCUUCCCCUGCAUGGGUUGUGGAGAGAUCCUAGAAGAAGGCAAAGCGUUUGAACUUUCUGGUCAAAGAUGGCAUAUCGAUUGUUUCCGAUGCAGCACUUGCAACACCCUUCUCGACUCGGACGCCCACCUUCUACUACUUGGCGAUGGCUCAUUGAUCUGUAGCAGUUGUACCUACAGCUGCAAUUCCUGUGGCAACAAGAUUGAAGACUUGGCUAUCCUUACUGGCGAUCAAGCAUUUUGUGCCCAAUGCUUCCGGUGCCGCAACUGCAAGAGAAAGAUCGAAAACUUACGCUACGCUCGAACAUCGCAAGGAAUAUUUUGCAUGGAUUGUCAUGAGUCUCUAAUGCAACGCAGGCGAAAGAAAAAAGCCACAGCGGCCAGCAAAAAACCAGGGGGGCCGGGGGUCAAGUUGGAUAAGUCAUUGCCGUCUCUGCCACCCACCUUUGAUACCCGUUCCCUUGACGAGACACCGAGCGAGGGAUAUGUGGAGGCUGCAGCGGAGGUUAUGCCUGGUAGGGAUUUCGAUGGUCAAUCAGAAGCCUCUCUUUCGCGCCCAACUACCGCCCAAGACAACCUUAUUCUUCCCUCGAGCACCUACCGAAGCAGCCGUCUCCUGAGCUCACAGCGCGAUAAUGAUGCAGCAGAUGCAGGUGGGGAACUACUUAUUCCCUUGGCAUUCGACCCCUCCGAGAGCCAACGAUCUUCACGAAGACAGUCGGAAUCAAUGCAAGAGUUGCCUCGCGAUUACUUUGGUCAAUAUCAGCCUUCCGAACCAUCGGCCAGGCCUUCCGGUGACGGCAUCGACCCUUCAUCCCAUACCUCUGCGGAGAAUUCAUCUGCUCAUAUUGCUUAUCAAGAGAAGGGCUGGGAGCGUACCGAGACGGAGUCAGCUCGGCGUGACUUGGACAGCACUAAUGGCACAGGAGCUAAGGCACCUGUGAAUGCUAGUUACAACAGGCUUGGAAAGACCGAGUCAGCUCGCAGCUCGAGAUCGGAUCUACCGUUGGCCCUAAGAGAAACCAGUGCUUUCUCAGGUGCAACAAGUCCCGUAAGCACUCGUUCCAAGGAUGAUGCCGCUCGGCAUACCCCUCUCGACAGCGUUGCCUCUGCGCGCCCUUCUGGAGAGUUGCGCAGACUUCACGAACAUGGCUCAGGUGAAUCCUCCCGGUCUCAUCUUCCCUCUAGCCAAUUGUCAUACCCACCCAAGCGUGCCGAUUCACUCGAACCCAAACUGGAAAACAAGACCUAUCAAAUCCCGCGAAAGGACAUGGGGGCAUCCCCCAGCUCCUCUCUUUACGGGUCGCCACAACUACCUGAGACUGGUGCCGAGCAAUCGAAGCAGAACAUCACUUCCGGCAAUACAUCUCUUUCUGACAUCCGGCGACCCCUGGACAGCGCUGGCUCGCCGUCCCUACCCCAGUAUACAAGUAAUAGCGAUUUCUCUCAGGAUGAGGAUCUGGCAAGAUUCAUUGGAGGUGACAUGACUGACUCUUUCCUGCGCCUCCGCACCACCUCGAACGCAUCUAACCGCCAUCAACGAAGCAUGAGUGAGAAAAGUGUGCGGACCAGCAAGGAUAUAAAGAAUGCCCGAUCACCCGCGAUUGGAGGUGGAAGCGGCGUCGAUAUUGGGAGCCCCACUGCUGGCACUACCCAGUCUGAAGAAUUGGCCUGGCUUCGCAGUGAACUGCGCAAGGAGCGUCAGCGUAUUGCCGAAAUGGAGAAUGCUCUACGUGCCACUGCGGAUGUUAAACAGGUCAACACUGAGCUCUCGGAGAAGCGAUCAACCAUGGUUGUACUGGAUGCUCAGCGAGAGAUUGUUCUGCGUGAGCUUACCGUGCUCACGGAUCACAUUGAAACAGAGAAGCGUGGCGGCUCCGAUGCACCAUUGGACCUUGGGAAGCUUUCAAACCACGUUCUGCGGGAACUUGCGGAGUCUAUUCAUACUCUGAAGGAUUCAUACACUCCACAGAUCGAGGAGCUUAUCCAAAAGCGCAAUGACCUCAAUGAGGAACUCGUUGAAAUCAAUCGCAUGAAGGAAAAGGCCUUCCAGGAGUUUGAACAGCUGUCUUCAAAGAAUGCCCAACUGGCUGAGCUCAACAAUCAAUUGGUACACCAGAUCCAGGAACUUUACAAGACUAACCAUGAACAUCGUGGUCCCAAUGGCCUGGGUAUAUCGCACAACAAGGACAGAUCCAUUACUUCGAUUGACGGCUUGAAGCCUAGAAGCAGCCACGAGAUUGCCACGUCGGUCUCGACUGCUCACAUGCAUGAGGAUGGAGAGCCCGCUACAGCUACCCUCGUGCCUGGACCCCAGGUUGUCAGCAUUCGCAAGGGCAAGUUCAACUGGAAGAAGGGUGGCCAGAACGUCGCCAAGGGUGUCAAGGGUCUUAAGGGAGCCUUCAUGGGUAAUGAUGAACCCGGUGGCCUACCCCGAUCUCAGACUCAGGACCCUAGCCGUCAAGGCUUUGGCUUCUUUGGAAACCAAAGGGGCAGACCAGGAGGUAAAAUGUCGCAGGCCGACAGUGUGCCGGCAUUUUCUGAAGCCGUGGGCAAUCUCUUUGGUGUAGACCUGGAGGCUCGCAUGGAACAUGAGAAGAGUAUCAUUCCUGCCGUCGUCACUCGGUGUAUUCAGGAAGUUGAAUUACGAGGCAUGGAUAUGGAAGGUAUCUACCGCAAGUCUGGCGCUGCCUCGGCUAUUCAAACCAUCCGUGAGGGCUUUGAACGUUCUCCUUUCGAUUACGACAUUUCUGACCCGGAUCUCGAUAUCCACGCCGUCACCUCUGCCCUGAAGCAGUAUUUCCGCAAGCUGCCCAACCCUCUUAUCACAUACGAAGUCUACGAGCUUAUCAUUGAAUCGGGAGAAAUCACUGAUCCAUCUACCCGGAUCGAUGUCCUGGUGAAGGGUCUGCGUGAACUUCCCCGUUCACACCGCGACGUCCUCGAAUUCCUUAUGUUCCACUUGCAACGUGUCAUUGAACGCCAAGAUGAGAAUCUGAUGACUUGUCAAAAUAUCGCCGUCGUUUUUGCCCCGACUAUCAUGAGACCCGAGAGCUUAGCGCGUGAAAUGACAGACGUGCAAAAGAAGAAUGACGUCCUCAAAUUCAUGGCGGAGAACGUUAAUGAAAUCUUCAUGGGCAUGUCCAACUAG